AUGCGGAGAGAUGAUGAUGCUGUGGGAAGAGAUAUCUGGUGUAUUUAUACUGAGACUAACUCGGAUGACGACGAUUGUCCCGAUGACAAGCCCAAAUGCCCUGAGCCCGACUGCGAAGGCAAUUACCUCGGCCUUUGCACCAAGAAGCCCAUCAUCAACUGCCCUUGCGACAUGUGCCUCAAAGUCGAAGACGUCUUUUGCGAAGGUGAGGCUUGUAUGGGAAUGGGCGAGGAUAAAAAUCUCCAGGGAACGUGCCUCGUAGACAAUAGUCUCGAGAAUUGCCCAUGCGCCUGGCCUCCCUGCCUAGUCUCAGAAGUGGACUUGAACGAUGGAAGUAAAGAGGAACGGCCGCACCCCUUAUUAUGCGAUACCUGCGACAGUUCCCUCGAUUUUCUCGAACCCGAGCCCAAUCUUUCUAAUACCACCGAUAUAGAAGUUCAAACCCCGGUAUUGGCUACGUUAGGCGAUCAUGACUUUUACUUCGAUCUCGACACAAUUGCCCAGCUCGCCAACGCCUCCUGUCCUCUCAAGUCACCGGGCGCACGGAGGACUGGUCCAGACGCUCCGGAUAAUAACUACUACACUCCCGGUUCCGUGGAAUCAGCCAUUGAGUACUUUGGUAAUAAAUACGCAAACAAGGACGACGAAGUGCGUAUAUCUGAUCUCUUCUUAGUAGCCACUCCCCAGGACGACUAUCCAGAACACCGAGUCCUAACCUGGAUUAGCGCGCGGAACUGGAUAGACCACCUAGAUAGGCAUGAGUGCGACAAGACAAACCUGAUGGCCAACCACACUCUCCAAGCCAGCGAGUGCAAUCUGGCCUUGAAGCAGGCCAACUUUGCGUGCUCUGGUCAGGGAAAGCCAAGGCUUUUCGAAUAA